GCGGGACCCGUGGGACCCGCGGACUCCGACAUGGAGGAAGUAUUUGAUGAUGCAUCUCCUGGAAAGCAAAAAGAAAUCCAAGAGCCAGAUCCUACUUAUGAAGAAAAAAUGCAAACUGACCGAGCCAAUAGGUUUGAGUAUUUAUUAAAGCAAACAGAGCUGUUUGCACAUUUCAUUCAGCCUGCUGCUCAGAAGACUCAAACCUCACCUUUGAAAAUGAAACCAGGACGCCAACGAAUAAAAAAGGAUAAGAAACAGAACUUGCAAUCAGUAGGCGACUACCGACACGGUAGAACAGAGCAAGCGGAGGAUGAAGAACUACUAACAGAAAGCUCCAAAGCAACCAACGUUUGCACUCGAUUUGAAGACUCUCCAUCGUAUGUGAAAUGGGGUAAACUGAGAGAUUAUCAGGUUCGAGGAUUAAAUUGGCUCAUUUCUUUGUAUGAGAAUGGCAUCAAUGGUAUCCUUGCAGAUGAAAUGGGUCUGGGAAAAACUCUUCAGACAAUUUCUCUUCUUGGGUAUAUGAAACACUAUAGAAACAUUCCUGGUCCUCAUAUGGUUUUGGUUCCUAAAUCUACAUUACACAACUGGAUGAGUGAAUUCAAGAGAUGGGUACCAACACUUAGGUCUGUUUGUUUGAUAGGAGAUAAAGAACAAAGAGCUGCUUUUGUCAGGGACGUUUUAUUACCAGGAGAAUGGGAUGUAUGUGUAACAUCUUAUGAAAUGCUUAUAAAAGAGAAAUCCGUUUUCAAAAAGUUUAAUUGGAGGUACUUAGUUAUAGAUGAAGCUCACAGAAUCAAAAAUGAAAAGUCUAAGUUAUCAGAAAUACUGAGGGAAUUCAAGACUACAAAUCGAUUAUUAUUAACUGGAACACCUCUUCAAAACAACUUGCAUGAGCUCUGGUCAAUUCUUAAUUUUUUGUUGCCAGAUGUCUUUAAUUCAUCUGAUGACUUUGAUUCCUGGUUUGAUACAAAUAAUUGCCUUGGGGAUCAAAAGCUAGUUGAAAGGCUUCAUAUGGUAUUGCGCCCAUUCCUCCUUCGAAGAAUUAAAGCUGAUGUUGAGAAGAGUUUGCCUCCAAAGAAGGAAGUAAAAAUCUAUGUGGGUUUGAGCAAAAUGCAGAGGGAAUGGUAUACUCGGAUAUUAAUGAAGGAUAUGGAUAUACUAAACUCUGCAGGGAAGAUGGACAAAAUGAGGUUAUUGAACAUCCUGAUGCAGUUGAGGAAAUGCUGCAAUCAUCCAUAUCUCUUUGAUGGAGCUGAACCUGGUCCACCUUAUACCACAGAUAUGCAUCUAGUUACCAACAGUGGCAAAAUGGUGGUAUUAGACAAACUGCUCCCUAAAUUAAAAGAACAAGGUUCACGAGUACUAAUCUUCAGUCAAAUGACAAGGGUGCUAGAUAUUCUGGAAGAUUAUUGUAUGUGGAGAAAUUAUGAGUACUGCAGAUUAGAUGGGCAGACACCCCAUGAUGAGAGACAAGAGUCCAUCAGUGCAUACAAUGAACCAAACAGCACAAAGUUUGUGUUCAUGUUAAGCACGCAUGCUGGUGGUCUUGGCAUCAAUCUUGUUACUGCUGAUGUAGUAAUUUUGUAUGAUUCAGAUUGGAAUCCCCAAGUAGAUCUCCAGGCUAUGGACCGAGCACAUAGAAUUGGACAAACCAAGACAGUCAGAGUGUUCCGCUUUAUAACUGAUAACACUGUAGAAGAAAGAAUAGUGGAACGUGCUGAGAGGAAACUCAGACUGGAUUCAAUAGUCAUUCAACAAGGAAGACUUGGGGAUCAGAAUCUGAACAAAAUUGGCAAAGAUGAAAUGCUUCAAAUGAUCAGACAUGGGGCAACACAUGUAUUUGCUUCAAAGGAAAGUGAGAUUACUGAUGAAGAUAUUGAUGGUAUUUUGGAAAGAGGUGCAAAGAAGACUGCAGAGAUGAAUGAAAAACUCUCCAAGAUGGGUGAAAGCUCACUUAGAGACUUUACAAUGAAUGCAGAAUCGAGUGUUUAUAACUUUGAAGGAGAAGAUUAUAGAGAAAAACAAAAGAUUGCUUUCACAGAGUGGAUUGAACCACCUAAAAGAGAAAGAAAAGCCAACUAUGCUGUUGAUACCUAUUUCAGGGAAGCUCUUCGUGUCAGUGAACCUAAAGCACCAAAGACUCCUCGACCUCCAAAACAACCCAAUGUUCAGGAUUUCCAGUUUUUUCCUCCACGUUUGUUUGAAUUACUGGAAAAAGAAAUUCUAUAUUACAGAAAAACUAUUGGGUACAAGGUGCCUCGAAAUCCUGACCUACCAAAUGCAGCACAAGCACAAAAAGAAGAAAAGAUUAAAAUUGAUGAAGCUGAACCCCUAAAUGAUGAAGAAUUAGAAGAAAAAGAGAAGCUUCUAACACAGGGAUUUACCAAUUGGAAUAAGAGAGAUUUUAAUCAGUUUAUCAAAGCUAAUGAGAAGUGGGGCCGUGAUGAUAUUGAAAAUAUAGCAAGAGAAGUAGAAGGAAAAACUCCAGAAGAAGUUACUGAAUAUUCAGCUGUGUUCUGGGGAAGAUGCAAUGAACUCCAAGACAUACAGAAGAUUAUGGCUCAGAUUGAAAGGGGAGAGGCAAGAAUUCAAAGAAGAAUUAGUAUCAAAAAAGCACUUGACACAAAGAUUGGACGGUACAAAGCACCUUUCCAUCAGCUGAGAAUAUCAUAUGGUACUAACAAAGGAAAAAACUAUACUGAGGAAGAGGAUCGUUUUAUGAUCUGCAUGCUGCACAAACUUGGAUUUGACAAAGAAAAUGUUUAUAGUGAAUUACGACAGUGUAUUUGCAACUCUCCACAGUUCAGAUUUGACUGGUUUCUUAAGUCCAGAACAGCAAUGGAGCUCCAGAAGAGAUGUAACACCUUAAUUACCUUGAUUGAAAGAGAAAACAUGGAACUAGAAGAAAAAGAGAAGGCAGAGAAAAAGAAACGAGAACCAAAGCCUUCAACUCAGAAACGUAAAAUGGAUGGAGCAACUGAUGGUGGAGGAAAGAAAAAGAAGCUGAAACUAUGAAUAAAUACUUGUUUCAUAAUCACUAACUUUAAACUAGUAGUUCUUUAAUUUACGGGUCCUCAUAAGAUGUAGUGUACAAUGCUCAAUUAUGUAAUUCAGA